AUGACAAACCAAGUUAUAGCAGAUAUUAACUCACUCACGGUUUUAGAGAAGAACCCCAUUCCAAAAGGAAAAGGAUCAAGAUCAUGCAGAGCAUGCAUGUCUAGACGAGGACUUAUUAGAAAAUACGAUAUGAUGAUUUGCCGUAGAUGCUUUAGAGAGUACGCUGAAGACAUAGGCUUUGAGAAGAUGAGCUAA